AUGAGGACUGGGCAUGAGCAUUUUGAACAGUCUUCAAUUGACUGUAGUACUGGGGAUUAUAAGCCAUCAAGAAAAUCGGAACUACUAUUGAAUAUUGAACGGUACAAUGAAAUUCAUUCGUCACAUCAUGUCGUUAACAAACGUCUUAUUGGAAGAAGAGGAUUGUUUCCGUAUGGCAUCCGAACAAAUAUUUGCGAACGAAAAAAUUUAGAUCCAGUUUACAAAGCAAAAGCCGUUCAAAACAUAGAAAACAUUAUUUCUACUGUAAAAUCGAAGUCGCCCGAAACUCGAGUGAAGUUUGACGCACCGAAUGUUGCAUCUACACCUACAAGCAGGCGCUGGUUGAUUAGAAAUACUGUAAUAAAUCCAAGUAACCGCGAUUCUAGAAAUUUGCCAGAAAAAAUAACGUCCAAUGUUCUUAAGAACCAAAUACAAGCUUUAAAAAGCACAUUAUUAACGGAUCAAGAACCGCAAAAAUGUUAUGGAACAGUGGCCAAAAAAUAUCCCGAGUUCGAUGAAAUGUGCAACAUGUACGUGGAAUUUGUCGAUUCAAUUUGCGAAGACGUGAUUAGUGCACACGAUAAGAUAUCUCCAAAAGACGAUUACACUGUCGAGUUGUAUAAACGACUCCGGGAGACCAUUGUAAAUUCACGACGUUCCUCUCCGAGAAAACAACCAAGACCUGUGACUACGGAAGUGAAUGAUAAAACGACAAAUUAUAAUAGUAAUUUUUUUUCGGCGCCGAGUUCCGUCAACGAAGAUUUUGUUUUCAAACCUGUUUUGAUUUCGUCCAAAGCACCGGGUAAAUAA